CCUUGUCCACCGAAUAACCGAUUUGUUUCACACGUCAAACUCUGGGGAAUAACCUAGAAUAAAGAACUCUCCAGUCAAUCGGAUGUUAACAUUAUCACCUCUGAUUUUACAAAAUGUUACAUAUUCUGUGAACAAUUCAGUAACAAAAAUUGACAUUAAAAAUGCGGGAUGAGUGCUUCAUCACUCUCGACACUCGGUAAUUGAAAGUUCAUCGAAAAGUGAAGCUGGAAGAACAACGCCAGAUACAAUGGCGAAAUUACCAUCCUACCGGAUAUUUCUCAUGUUUUUCGAGGCGAUUCUGGGUAUAUCAGCAACCACACACUGGGUGGUCACCGAAAAUGGGAGAAUCCAACCACAACUCAACUCUGUCUACAACAUGAAAAGGCCCUACGAUCUGCCAGCAUUUUUGGAGCAAGAAAAUCGAAUGAAUGCAGUGGAGGCCCUUCACCAAAAAAUGUUAGCCCGAGAAGUAGUUCUAGAUAGUCAAAUGGCUGUGUUAAAUUCCAUAGGUGAUCUCGAAUCCUGGUUACAAGCAUCGAAUCCCGAUUGCAUAUCUUGCAGAAAAUUGCUGGACGAUUUUGAUUUUUACGCCAGUGUAGCGACAGACGGGAGCUACAGGAAAGGAGUAACUCACAAGGAUUAUUUACUCCAUGGAAUUCCUAACGAGGAGAAGAAGAGAAUACCAGACUGCAAGAAGACAUUUCCUCUGGACUUUAGCAUGUACACUUUUGACCACCUGAGUGCGAUGAGACAUAGAAAGAAUUUGUCACAGCCUCAGGAGAAAGGAUUAAUUAAAUAUCUGCCAAAGGGUACGGACUUGAAUAAAUUUGGGCAUCAGAUUGCCCAUGGAUUAUUGAGGAAUAGUACUUCGUGGUUGCAUUUCAAUCUUGCUGCUAUUUAUUGGCGAGCGAGAGGGGAUGCUUAUAAUGCGUUGGAAUGCGCUCGUCGAUCUAUUGUGACAGCUCCACGAGAAUUUCGAGACAUUCCUCUGCUGACAGCUGGAGGGAUUCUUCACGCAGCAAAACAUUCAGCCGAAGCUGCAAUUGUACUUCACGCAGCGAUAGACUAUGCGCCAACCCAGAGUCACCAUCAUUUAGCUCUUGGUCAUGUUUAUGCUGUUUUGGGUGAUUACAAUCGAUCUAUUGCUUGUUACGAUAAUUCGUUGAAAUUAACGCCUGGUAUGGAACAGGCAAAACAGGCUAAAUUCGUAAUAUUGUGCUGCCAGAGCUUUGAAAAAUCCUUGGGAGCUUUACACAAAAAAAUAGAUGGCAUUGUAGCGGAACUGCACGCCCAACAAAACGAUAAGGCCGAGCGACUGAAGCUCGAGGAAAAAAUUUUGUCUGAAAAAAUCAGAUCUCCAUUUCUAGCCCUUCGUGCCCAGCGCUUGGGCUCAAUGCUAUCAUCGCGUGGACAAGUCUGUACACACCGAGAUGACGAUGAUACAACCCUCUCCUGUCAAAGUGUGACAGACAAUCAAAUUUUCGCUCACAACUUGCAAAUAGACAUUGGUGUUAGUCUGCAGCAACUGAAAAAUGUUGAAAAUCAAGUGGAAAAAAUGAAUGAUCGAAUGGCGAGUACAAAAGUUAUGCGGAAAAAGACUGAUCGUUCAGGUAAAACGAAGGAUAGUAAUAACGAGAAGAAGCCGGAAUUUUUUUCGGUCUUCAUGGAACCAACAAAUAAACCAAAGUAUCAUAACAUUGAAAUUAAGAAAAGUGCGGCUGAGUUUGAGAGCAAAAAUUGGCCAAUUUCGAGUGAAUGCGAGAGGCCAGAGCUUUUGAUCAGUCAUACAACCCAAUAUCUGCCAAUUUAUUUAUCACCAGAGAACAAAGGAUAUUCCAUUAAGCAAUUUGUCAAUGAACUGAUUGGCAUUGAAGCAGGAAAGGAACAUGCUUUACCUUGGUAUCCACCGACUUGUCAGUCCCCCGAGACUUACGACCAAAAAUAUAUCUCCCAGUCAUUGUUGAAGGCGACACUUGGGAGCAAUUCACCUGAUUCUAGUCUAGCAGGGCCUUUACUGAAUUUAGCGAAGGAUGCGGAAAUCGCGGAAAUUGGGCAGAGGAUUUUAACAGCUACGACAUCAAAGAUCGCAGCACCCUGGGUACUCUCGGUAUUGGCAUCGUUGCAUUGGCGAGUCGUUGGGAAGUCGCGAAAUGCUCUGGACUGCCUUCAGUUGGCGUUGAAUACUGUACCUAAACGAUUUAGAGACGUUCCACUGGUUAGCAUUGCUUCCAUUGCGCAGAAGACUGGACUUGUUGAUGAGGCGCUGAAGAUUACGAAGGAAGCCAUUCGUAUAAACGCAGUUGAGCCACUCACAAAUUACCUGUAUGGCUCUCUACUUCACAUUAAAGGAAACAACACUGGUGCCAUAUUCCACUUGAAACAAAGUUUGAGAGUGGAACCCAAUACAAUGGACGGAAGAGCGUUAAAACUUUUGAGAAGCAUCAUUUGUCAAAAACGUUCGGCUAAUCGGAGAGCAGGAGCUUCAGGUAUGAACCCUGGAUCUAACGAUAUUGACACUUGUAGUAUGACGUACACGUCACCUGAAGUAAUUGCCAGGCAUGAACUACAAGACGGUGAGACUGUGCUCUGCCUCGGAGAUGGCAAGGAUUGCAAGCCCAUUCAAUGUUUUGCAAUGAAGAUGAAUGGGGAUGAAUCAACAAGUCCGUAAUCUUUCCAUCGUCACGAGACACGUGAAUAGUAAAAAGGGUGCGUGGAGUCCCUACGCGCGGAACAAGUGAAACUUCUUAAUGAUAUUCCAAGAAAUGCGUGUCAUUUCGUAUCAGAGAAAAAGAGCGAGAGGGAAAGGAUAAGAAUAUAUCGGAGUGGCCAACACUUUUUUAAAUUCACAUUUUAAAAAAUAUAUUACUAGGUAAAGUCCACACUAAUUAUCAUCGCUGGGCUCUGAUAAAUUAAUAUCUAUAGGAUUUAUAAUUGGAUUGUGAUAAUUAAAAUACGAUGUUAAAUGUCUUACGUCUAUUUUAUCUAUUUGCUCGCGAAUACCGCAUAGUCAGGCGCUUAUUCUUUACUCUCUUGCUCUCCCUCUCGCACUUUCUUUCUCUCUCUUGCGAUUCUCCUUCCGAGUGGUGUUAAACGUUCAACGCUAUUCCCCCUCCACUGAAGCGUUGAAUGCUUAACGCAAACUUUUAUAGAAUUGUCGAAGAAGUUUCACUUUAAAAAAUAGACAUAUCAGAGAGAAAGAGGCCCGUUACCCUGGCUCUGUGAGUACAUUCGUUGGGGGACAUGCUGGAGAUCCCGGAUUCGAAACUCGGAUGGGUAGAAUGGGACGAUCUAGUGAUUUAAGAAUAUCCAAGUACUCUGGAUAUCUUCCCUUCAGUGAAAUGCUCCUCUACUUUUAUAAUUGAUCAUCGUAGCUUUCGUUGGACGUUUAUUGAUCUCAAAAUUCCGAAUACUUUCCAAUGAUUUUCUAAAGUUGAACUUUGUAGGUGUGAAUUUAAAUCUCGAUAUUGAGCUGUUACGAAACAUUGAAAAUUUGGAAAAAUAUUUAAGAGAUUUUUACGUAUGGAGAAAGAUUGAUGAAAUAAUUUCAAAACUGCAAUUCCGGAAAAUUACGAUAAUUUUGUAUAGAUGAUUGAUAAAUUAUCAAUUUUUUACUGUCAACGUAUUUUUUUAUUACUUCUUGUUGAAUUCUUUAGGGAGAAACAAAGUUUCUGAAUGUUUGAAAGAAUGUCUGAAAGAAUAAUUUAGUGAAAAAUGUUAUUUGAAGGGAGUUGAAGAUUCACGAUUUUAUUACGAUUUUUCUAAUGAAAUUUAAUUGCUAAAUACGAUGAUUGGAGGUAGUUGAAUUCAUGACAUUCUCUGUGCGAAAUCGUGAGAACUACUUUGGCUAUUGUAUGGCGAAUUAAUUAUUUAAACUGCAGGUUUCAACUUGAAUGUUAUUACUCAACAUUUAAAAACAUUUUAAAAGUCUGAAAAAAUUUUGAAAGUUCACUUCUUGAAAAAGAUUGAUGAAAUAAGUCAAGAACUGCAACUUUCGAAGCGAUGAGCUUCUUCUGUAAAUAAUUGAUAAACAAUCAAUUUUUCACCAUAAAGAUAAUUAAAUUCGUAAUCAUAAUGAAUUUAUUUACAUUCAGAAUUUCCUCGAAAUCCACUUUACACCUGGGAAAAUCAGGUGUCCUAUCCGUUCUACAAUUUUAUUAAUUUCUUUACAAACGAAGAAUGUUUAAUUAUUCUGUAAAAAACGGUUAUCUUAAUGAUACCAAGUCUUCAUUUUUUUUUUCAUUUUUUCCUCACGUAAUUUAAUAGAUAAAUUUGAGGAUUGAAAAUUGAUGAAUCGAUAAUAUCGUUUAUAUUAGGUUAUAAAGAUACUUGGAUAUCCUUAAAGUCCUCAUUAGAGUUCGCAUUAUACUGAAAACCGAGUCCGAGUCACGCAAAAUAACGAUUUAAAAAAAAAGAUAAAAAAUUAUAUUACAUUCCGAGUCGAAAAUUAUAUUUUUCUAUUGAAAUCGCGAAAAAAAUGUAAGGCCUAUGGUGAAGAGACGAAUUACCGAAUUUAAUUUCCCUCAAAUAUUUUCCUCUCAGUAACUAUCGGCACAUUAUGGAUGAAACUUUCUCUAGCAUUUUUUUGUCAGGACCUUCAAGUUCUUCCAUAUGAAAAUGAGCUCAUUCCUAUGCUAUGAAUAAUAUUUGAGGCGUCCUGAGCUUUCAUCGACAAUAAUAUUACGUCGAAAUACACAUGAAAUCAAUAUCAUGAGUCGAUACUGCAAAAGUGGAUAUGUUUUGUAAUAAAUUUCUUUGUAACAUGUAUCUUCGUUAAUUUUAUAUUAAUCUUACAUUGUCUCUCUAAUUCAGUUUUAAAGAUGACCAUGACAACACAUCAUUUAACUCAUUCAACUCAUUUAAUUUAAUUAAUUUAAUUUCUGCGACAUUUUUUACAUCAGAUUAUUGAUUAAACUAAAAGGGGCAAUUCAGUAGCGAAGUGGUAAAACGACAGAACUCACUUUUGACUCCGGACCAGUUUUUGAUGAAUAUCUCGAGAUCCACGGUAGCUAGCAAAAUUUUCAUUAGAACCUUUUUUGUGGAGCGAAUUGAGAGCUACAAUAAAUGUUAUGACAAAAAAUUAGCUAUUCCUCUUAGAUUCGCAGAUAUUGCUCAAAAACUCCACUCACUGAUCACUAAACUUUUCCCAUUUUACCACAUCACUACUCACUUCAUAAAUUUACUUCUUGAUUUCUCUAUUGACCUCUAGAUUCCCACAGUAACAAUAUCAAACCCAUUUUACCCCCUAGCGAAACCCGUAUUGAUCAUUAUCUGAAAUGCGUAUUUGAAAUGAUCUGUACGAAGAAUCGGUACGUCAUCCGUAUUGUGUCGAUAGUCACUCGGUAUUUUCUUAAUUUCACUGCUCCCCUCAGUCCUCGAAAUUUUAACUGAUAGCAUGCAUGGACAUCCAAUAAUGUUUUAUAUAAUUAUUUUGUACAAGUGCUUUAAUAAUAAAAGGCGUUUCAAUGAC